AUGACACCCAUGAUUUGCAACACCUCAACUAACAAGCCGCUGUCUCCCCUCCAAAUUUGUCCCAUCGCCACGCCUACAACUACCAUUGGCCACAUAUACGAGCCCCCACUACCAUCUUCCUCCUCCUCCUCCUCCUCCUCCUCCUCCUCCUCCUCCUUCAUUACUUCAAGCUCCGCUACGGCGAUUCCUGCACCCAUCACCACUACAGACAAUUCUGUUAAACUAACAAACACCAACCCCCCCCCCAUCAACAACGCCGGCGAUGUGGACUCGAUCCAUACCUGUCCUCAUUGCGACCGCACCUUCACCUCACACAUCGGUCUGGUCGGUCACUUGCAAAUCAUUCUACAGGCACUCGCGGACACUGCCCUCGCACACUCACCGCAUGGGCCUAUUUGGUCAUAG